UUUUCCGUCACUCGCAGCUGAACGUGCCUCAUCAAACACAAACCAAAACCCUGCCCUGCUCUAAAUUCCUUCCCAAACUGCGUGUCGUCGAUAAAUUUGAGGAAGUCGAUAAGCCGAACGUGUUCAAAACUGUUAUUCUCCAAAUUGAAGGUUUCGAGCAAGGAUGGAGCACUAUAAUAUAACAUUCGUUUUCGUAGUAUUUUGCACUAGUUCCAGCGUUGGUGUUACAGAGCGAGCAACUCGUGGCAAUGGGAUAUUUGGUUGGCUUACUGGUCAUUGCCUUGGCGGGCUUGACCUCAGCGGUACUGUACGCACCCCGGCAGUCCCCGGUCGUGUAUCCGCCUCCGCAGGGCAGUGCCAUCCAGGAGUCGUACUUUGCGUUCCAGCUCAAGUCGUUCCGGCGAUCGCUGAAGGAGUGCGCAGAAUACUGGGAGAUUCCGUGGUACCGGGUACAGAAGUUGAUCGACAACAACUUCGAGCAUGCUUCGAAGGAUUUGCAGUGUUUGAUCCGUUGUGCCGGGGUGAACUCCGGCUGGUGGGACGAUCUGGACGGGUUGAGGUACACGGUCAUCGAGAGUUACUUCCAGCCGGAUGCGGAUGAUACUUGCUACGCGGAUCGGACGAAGGAGUGCAUUGAUCAGCGACUAUCAAGCUGCAAGACCGAUUGCGCAAAGGCAUACGAGUCGUUCAUGUGCUACCUGCAGCAGUACGGAAGUUUGAAGUCCUCGGAGGAGUACAUUCCGUUGACACGUCUGGAGGCGAUCCAGGUCGCUGUGGACUGUAUCAACAUUUUACAAGUGUCCGACGAUCUUUUGAACCAGAUCAGCCAGGGUGAGAUCCCUGAUGUUCCCGAGGUGCACUGUCUGUACCGUUGUCAGUACCUGGGCGAGGGAGUCUACGACACCCAGUACCGAUUCAACUUCAGUCGGCUGUACAUCCGCCACUACGAUACACCUUCGCCAGAAUUCCUGGGCGAUGAGAUCUACAGCUGCGCCCAAAGUACGCUGGAAGCCAACUCCGAUGAAUGCACUGGAGUGUUCCGUGCCAGGGAGUGCUUCCCAGUGUCGGAUCGCCCCAGCCGUACCGUAACGAUCCUGACGACGGCCGCCGGAGUUGCGCUUGAUCAGAAGAGAUGCGAGCCUCCGAUCUACCGCGAGCCGUACCUUCCGGAAAUUCCCUUCAUUCAAAUAGAUCCGGCAGGUCCUUUGGUAGAAAAUGUACCGUACAAAUAAAUCAACCGUGAUGCACUCAACUGGGUCGAAUAAAAAACCAAAUAAAACAACAACCGCUUGUUUGAUAUUCACUAUUUAUGCGAUCAUCGCACGCGCGCAACUUCGUUUGAAAUUGUGAUGCACCCGACGAUUCCGCCUGUGCCGUGCGUUCCUGUACGUGUCAAAAUAAAUUUAAACCACGUCGCGCGACUGUUUUUAGACUUCCCAGAAUGUUGUUAGCUGCAAAAGUUCACACAUUCGCAGAGCUCUAAAAUGGAACAAAACAUACCAAUGUAUGCGCGCAAAAGAGAGACGAGGUUGCGCGGAG